CGGUUUCGGCACGGUCACACUGAUAAGCAGGCCGACGAAUUUGGAAAGCAAAAGCUACAUAAGUUUAUUUUACGAAAUAAAAGCGACUCCUUACAAUGUCAGCGAAGGGAGCAUUGCUGCAGCUGGUUGGCCGACGCCUCGCCCAACGGAAGACACCGGUCACGGCGCUUAGCCUGAGUGCCCCCCUUCGCCUGCCCCACCAGCGCCUGUUCAGCACGGAAAAGCAGCCAGAGGAGGCAACGGUCGGAGCGGCAGAACAAAAGACAGCGGCAGCGUCUCCGGAGCUGGAGAAGCUCGGCAAGGACCUGGCUGCCGCCAAGGAGCAGAAUGCCGAGCUCCUGGACAAGUACAAGCGGGCGCUGGCUGACAGCGAAAACAUGCGCAAUCGGCUGAACAAGCAGAUCAGCGACGCCAAGAUCUUUGGCAUCCAGAGCUUCUGCAAGGACCUGCUCGAGGUGGCGGACACCCUGGGCCAUGCCACGCAAGCGGUGCCCAAGGAUAAGCUAAGCGGCAACGCUGACCUGAAGAAUUUGUACGAGGGCCUCAGCAUGACGCGUGCUUCCCUGCUUCAAGUGUUCAAGCGCCACGGCCUGGAGCCUGUGGACCCCAUCAACCAGAAAUUCGACCCUAAUAUGCACGAGGCUCUGUUCCAGAAGGAGGACAAGACCGUCGAUGCCAAUACCGUGGUGGAAGUCACCAAGCUGGGCUACAAGCUGCACGAACGCUGCAUACGUCCCGCCUUGGUGGGCGUCUCCAAAUGUUGAUAGACCCAGCGACUGCUGCUGCCCAGCGGCUAGCAAAAUUCCCCGUAACCAUUAAAAAAAGAACCUCCCCCGUUCCCCUCUUUUCUUUACAUGGCGUCGCUCUCAAAUGUUUGCAAUUUGUUUUCCCCGGCAAAAUUCAUGUACGUUAACCCGUGUAAAUACAAAAAUCCCACUUAACAAAACGCAGGCCUUGGGCAGCGCUGGCGAAUUUAGAAUUCCUCCUAGUUUCUAAGAGAUCUGUGACUGGAUUUGAUGGCCACAAUUUCUACCAUACUCGUGGCCAUCAAGUGUUCCAUUUUAAGGUUUAAAUUACUAUAAUAAAACAUGUGUUAGUUUGUUGAAA